AUGUGGCAGAGACGCAUGCACUCGCAGAAUAUGGCCUCUCCUGUCCUACGGCAAUCCACAAUCGUCGCUGCGACAAGUCCUUCGUGGCUGCGGAACCGCCGACAAUUCUCCGCCAGUCCAGCACCCCGCCAUGGCCAUCUUGACCCCCCUCGACCCGGCGAAGAGCGCAAAGUCACGUUCAUAGACAAAGAUGGCCAUUCGUCCACUUUCCAGGUCGCAGACGGUGACAAUCUGCUCGACAUUGCCCAAGCCAACGACAUAGAAAUGGAGGGCGCCUGCGGAGGCUCAUGCGCCUGCUCGACAUGUCACGUCAUCGUGCAAGACGAGGCCUACUACGACAAGAUGGAGGAGCCCGACGACGACGAGAACGACAUGCUGGACCUGGCAUUUGGCCUCACCGAGACAAGUCGGCUGGGCUGCCAGGUCAAGAUGAGCAAGGAGCUUGAUGGCUUGGUAGUCCGCUUGCCGAGCAUGACGCGGAACCUGCAGGCUAGCGAUUUUGAGAACAAGUAA